AUGGCCGAUGAGCCACUUGUGACAGGGCCAUACCAAGAAGAUAAUUUCACCAAGGCCAGAGGCACAGCAUGCCCUCGGUAUUGCCCUGGGAGCACCAUACAAUUUGGAGAGUAUCGGCAGCUCUGGACCUACGCAAACCCGGCGAUCGGCGAUCCGUACUGCGUGCAGCUCCAGGAUGGGUUGGCUGAAACGGCAGUCAUCCUGUCGGUUACCCAUACGAGGCUCAACAUGACAGCGCGAGGGAAUCGAUGCGAGGAUGCAGCACGACGAAAAAUGCUAAACAGAGAGCAUCAGAACUGCCCAGGGGUAGUUCUGCACUCGGGGACGAGGCUUGUUGAGACUACGUUCAAUCUUUUGGCAAGUCUCCUCUCCUACGGAAUCAUUCUCAUGAGAGUCGUUGAACGAGCAUGA